CGAACAGAUUCUAUCCGGAACUACAAGAGGGUACAUGCUUUGCUAACGAGAUGAGAUGACAACCCCAUGAAGCAGAAGCUGCAGUGUUUUUUCUUCCACUGCCCAAACACCGGCGAUCUUUGAAAGGUCAAGGAUGGGUAAAAAGGAAGGUAAGGAGGAAGGAACGAGGGAAUAAAAACAAGAGAAACGAAGGAGAAUGUGAAGGAAAGAACCUCAUAACUUACCUGUCACCGUUUGCAGUGUGUGUGUGUGUGUUUGUGAGAGAGAGAGGCAGCCCCCGCUUCUGGAGCAUGUGCUAUGUGUCGGACUCGCGUUCUCACCAAAGGCUGACUGAGUGACGCCUCUGUCACAUCAAUGCAGAGCUGUACCUACAUUACUGACCUAUCGAAGAUCCUGUCAUCCAAGAGCGAAUACCCCUCCUGCCCUGGCUUCAGAGGUGGGGAGGGUGUGAAGUGUGCUGGGUAUUGAUAGAGGCUCGGAAUGUAAAACCCAGCUUCUCCUCAGCUCUCCUAUCUCGAUGGAGAGCAGCGCGACUGGGUUCCUAAGGAGGAUCUGGAGAAGCCGAGAGGGACUGACAACAACAAGCCUCUCUGCUGCACUUUUUACCAGCAAGCCCCCGAACCUGGAGGAUAUCAUAACGUUUUCGACACGCUAAAUUAAAAGCGAAGUGUCCUCUGGCGGAAAAGUUCAUUUUCACAACCGCCGUGUGCUGAGGAGAAUUCUAAAACGAUUGGGAUCUUAGGAUCUUCAGCGAUUUACAUUGUGUUGUGCGGCGAAGUCUUCAGGAUGACAACGUUAGUACAAUCGCUGCGUUAUAAAUUCAGCGAAAACUACACUGCACCGAUUUAUGGGGGGAACCGAGCGUACAGGAUCCAUGCGGCACAAUGAACAAUGGCCCAGCUGUACUACAAAAAGGUCAACUAUUCUCCAUACAUAGACCGGAUUCCAUUGCAGAUUGUACGUGCAGAGAAUGAGCUUUCGCUGGAGGAGAAAGCUUAUCUGAAUGCGGUGGAAAAGGGGGACUAUGCCAGUGUGAAGCAAGCUCUGGAGGAAGCUGAAAUCUACUUUAAUAUUAAUAUCAACUGCACAGACCCUCUGGGACGGAGUGCACUCCUCAUAGCAAUUGAAAAUGAAAACUUAGAGAUCAUGGAGCUGCUCCUGAGUUUCAGCAUUUACGUGGGGGAUGCAUUGCUCUAUGCAAUACGAAAGGAAGUUGUUGGAGCAGUUGAGCUUCUGCUGCAUUAUAGGAAACCAAGUGGAGAAAAACAGGUCCCUCCUUUAUUGAUGGAUGCCCAGUUUUCAGAAUUCACUCCAGACAUUACACCCAUAAUGCUUGCUGCACAUACCAAUAACUAUGAGAUUAUUAAACUAUUGGUCCACGGAGGAGUCUCCAUUCCUCGACCUCACCAAGUCCGGUGCAACUGCGUGGAGUGUGUUUCUAGUUCAGAAGUUGACAGUCUCCGUCACUCAAGGUCACGCCUGAAUAUAUACCGUGCUCUUGCUAGUCCUUCGUUAAUAGCCUUGUCAAGUGAAGACCCAAUCCUCACAGCUUUUCAGCUAGGAUGGGAACUGAAAGAACUCAGCAAAGUAGAGAAUGAGUUUAAAGCUGAAUAUGAAGAGCUGUCACAGCAGUGCAAACUCUUUGCCAAAGAUCUGCUGGAUCAAGCUCGAAGUUCGAGGGAGCUGGAGAUCAUAUUGAACCACAGAGAUGACCAGAGCGAUGAGUUAGAUCCCCAGAAAUGCCAUGACCUAGCAAAACUGAAGGUAGCCAUCAAAUACCAUCAGAAAGAGUUCGUUGCUCAGCCUAACUGCCAGCAGUUACUUGCGACAUUGUGGUACGAUGGAUUCCCAGGCUGGCGCCGCCGACACUGGGCAGUCAAACUCCUAACCUGCAUCACCAUUGGGUUUCUAUUUCCAGUACUUUCUGUGGUUUAUCUGGUGGCGCCAAAGAGCAGACUGGGACUCUUCAUUAGGAACCCUUUCAUUAAGUUUAUCUGCCACACAGGCUCCUACCUGACAUUCCUUUUCCUGCUAUUGUUGGCAUCUCAGCACAUUGUCAAGACCGACCUUCACAUGCAAGGGCCACCACCAACUAUUGUCGAGUGGAUGAUAUUACCAUGGGUAUUAGGCUUUAUAUGGGCUGAAAUCAAAGAAAUGUGGGAUGGUGGGUUUACUGAAUAUGUACAUGACUGGUGGAACCUGAUGGACUUUGCAAUGAAUUCCUUAUACUUAGCCACUAUCACAUUGAAGAUUGUUGCCUAUGUGAAGUACAAUGGCUCACGCCCUCGUGAAGAGUGGGAGAUGUGGCACCCAACAUUGAUUGCAGAAGCCCUGUUUGCAAUAGCCAAUAUUUUCAGCUCCCUUCGUCUGAUCUCCCUUUUCACUGCAAACUCUCACCUGGGACCAUUACAAAUCUCACUGGGCCGCAUGCUCCUUGAUAUUCUCAAGUUCCUCUUCAUUUAUUGCCUGGUGCUGCUUGCAUUUGCAAAUGGACUGAAUCAACUGUACUUUUACUAUGAGACCAGCGCUUCUGAAGAGCCCAAUCAUUGCAAAGGAAUACGGUGUGAGAAGCAAAACAAUGCAUUUUCAACAUUAUUUGAAACACUGCAAUCCUUAUUCUGGUCAGUAUUUGGUCUGUUGAAUUUGUACGUCACUAAUGUAAAAGCUCGGCAUGAGUUCACGGAAUUUGUUGGAGCCACCAUGUUUGGAACCUACAAUGUCAUCUCCUUGGUUGUCUUGCUUAAUAUGCUGAUUGCCAUGAUGAAUAAUUCUUACCAGCUCAUUGCAGACCAUGCUGACAUUGAGUGGAAGUUUGCCAGAACAAAGCUUUGGAUGAGUUACUUUGAUGAAGGUGCAACUCUUCCACCACCUUUCAACAUCAUCCCCAGCCCAAAAUCUGUUUGGUACCUCUGUAAAUGGCUACACAUGCACAUCUGUCCAAGCAGAGAUUCAGAGAACGAGCAAAAGCGUGAGAAUCUCAGAGAAUUUACAGAACGGCAUGCAGAUGACCUGAUCCAAAAUCAACACUACCAGGAAGUCAUUAAAAAUUUAGUGAAAAGAUAUGUUGCGGCUAUGAUCAGAAGUGCCAAAACUGAUGAAGGACUUACAGAAGAGAACUUUAAGGAACUGAAACAAGAUAUCUCCAGUUUUCGCUAUGAAGUUCUUGACCUGUUAGGAAACAGGAAAUCAUCGCGAAGGACAUACUCUACCAGCAGUGAUGGGAUGCAGAUGGGAGAUAUGGAGGAUGAUAGUGCUGAAGAAAUGAAAAAAAUCGUGUCAUUCAAUUUGGCAGGUGAAAGUAAUGACAGAAAGACGUUGAAAAUGAACUCUUUCAGUGUUUCAGCUCUUAUUAAAUCAGUUUCUGGAAUUGACCUUAAUGAAGAGAAAUCCAAAAAUAACAGGAUGAGUAAGCAAUCUUCCUCAGUCAGAAAUGGCAAUCGAUUCCAGAGAUAUCCAAAUUCGAAGAAGGAUUCAUUUAAAAGACUUGGCCUUUUGUUCAGCAAGAUGAAUGGGCAACUAUCUGAACCAAGCCCAGAGCCAGUGUCAAGCAUUUCUGAUGGACUACUUCAAGCACAAAAUGUGUGGCAGGACUUCAAUUAUUCCCAAAUUUCCAAUUCUAACAAUAUAACAAAGAGUGAGAGCAGCCUUAAUGCUGUUGGUCUUAAUGAAGUAAACAGAAGAAACAGAAUUGAUAGCCAUUGUUCAGCUAACCAUGAUUCCUUUAAUUGUUCUUCCAAUAUCAGUACCUCCAAUAACAAACUCAUUGACUCGUCAAGUGACGUCUAUGACUCCUGGGGGGAAGCCUGUGACUUGCUAAUGACCAGAUGGAACAGUCAUCAAGAGGACUAUGUAACGACUCAAUUAUAAUACUGUAUAUCAAGAUACCACUUUACCACAACAAACUUUGGGUCAUGUUCAUGAGGAAUUAUUUUAUAAAAUUGAAUAUAUGAGAAUGUGUGGUUGUAGGGGUGUUUUCUAAAGAGGAACCACACUUCCUGUAAAUUACAACUUGUAUUUGUACAGCAUCAUUAAAGUAAUAAAACAUCCAAAGGCA